AUGGCCGCCCGCGCUGGCCCCACUACCACCGCUGGCGCGACGCCGCCCGACCCGCCCUUCCCCGCGCUCUACCUCCUCCCGCUUGACGGCUCCUUCUACCCGCCAAAGCGCAUCUUUCUCCCGCCCCCCGCGGACGGCGGUGCCAUCAGCAAGGCGGGUCCGCCAGAGAAGGACAGGGUGGUCAGAAUCGGGCGGCAGCUGAACGCAAAGGCCCAACCCACAGCGGCGAACGGUGUGUUUGAGAGUCGGGUGCUGAGUCGGGUGCAUGCAGAGGUGUGGGUCGAAUUUGUUUAUGGCGAGGGGGACAAAGAAAAUGCCGGGAGCCAAAGGGAGGGAGGGCUGAGGGUGCUCAUUCGCGACGUGAAAUCGUCUAAUGGGACGUUUGUCAAUGGCGAGCGGUUGGCUCCGGAGGGCGUCGAGAGCGCUCCUUGCGAGGUGCGAAGCGACGAUAUCCUGGAAUUCGGAAUCGACAUCAUCGGGGAGCAUGGCGAGGUGGUGCAUCGCAAGGUGUCUGCGCGAGCUACAUGUGCAUUGACCGAGGCAGAGGCCAGUCGUGCGGUGAGAACAGAGCAGCGAGUUUACCCGCCUGCCUCGCCGCCUUCACCAUCUUCCCCUUCUCCGGCCCCAACGCCACCGCCCAGCACAGGCCCGGUCGUCACGUUUGCAGAACCCGCCAAUCGCCGGCCACAGCACCAGUCAACGAACUCCUUUGGCAGUCCGGGCAGCAGCGGCGCUAAUGCCAGCGGGAUAGCAGGCAUGGGCGGGAUGGGCACCGAGCGCAUUCGGCCCAAGUCGGGCGACUUUGAAAGCAUAUUAGCGAGGUUGCGGGAUGGGCCGAGGGCUGCGGUGGCUGCCCAUGCUACCCUGGACAACGAGAAUGCGAAGGCGAACGAUAAACUUGCAGACAAGGAGAACGUCAGCGAGGUGGUUGCAGAGUCGAUACUCGCGCUAAAGCCGAUGCCGGCGACGACAACGACAACAGCAAUUGACGCCUUGACAUCAGAGGUGGCGGAUACACGGCUGCAGCUGGACGGCGCGCUUGUUUCGGCGUCACUGUUCAUGACACCCCCACCGUCAGCAACAGAACCACGGAUUCUCGCCAAUGCAUCCUUUCUUGCGGCGGAGCUGACAAAGCUUAGAGAGGAGGCUGGCGCACUGCAGCGGGCAAAGACCGGUGCCAGAAGCCGGCGGAGGAGGAGGCGGGAGGAGGAAAGGAUGGCUGUGGCUGCUGAGAGUCCUAUAGAAGACGAUGGGUGGGAGGACCUAGGGUUCGACAUGCCCGCUAUGGAGCUCGCGAGUCCGAGCGGGACGGUGCCAGACUCGCCGCUCGCGUUCGAGCAUCAGGUCCCGGGAAGGAAAAAGGAGGAGGAGGAAAAAGAAGCGGUGGGGAAUGCGAAGCGGCAGCUGGACGCGUUGGAAGCGCAGUUGCAUCUGCUCCAGGACGGGCUCAGAGCGAUGCAAACCGGACAUGCGCAGGAAACGGCUGUUGUCGAGCCCGAGUUGGAUGGGCUGGUGAAGAGGGUGGACAGGCUGGAGGAGGCACUCGCUUCUCCCCAGGUACUAGUGCCGUCCCGGACCCAAACUGAUGUGCAGAGGAUCGAGAUGGAGACGACACUGCGACAUGACAUGAACGCGCUACAGGCAGAGUGGGCUGCGUUUCGCGUCGAGGUCAACGAUACCACCACGGAAUGGCAAGACCAAGACAUGCUUGGGCGCUGGCUCGCGGCCGGGGAGGCUCGGUCUGAAGACGACGAUACCAGCGAUGUCGAGGGGCAUUCGCGCGGUGUUUCGGGGUCGUCCAGCGCCAGCGACAUCGCUAUACCAGGGCGAUGGCGAACAGGAGGCGCAUGGGGACUACUAACGCCGGCAGGAAGUGUGCGGAACGGCCAUAGGGCUGCUGCGGCACUACCAGAACUAGCUCCCGCCCCGACGCCUGCAACAGAGCCUCGGCCUGUGCCGAAUGGCCCUAUAAUCGACCACACAAAUCGUAGAGGCAUAGCACGUGGAGAUGUGCUCCUACUGCUAGGCGCGGUUGGGGCUGGGGCGGCGAUCGUUGGGGCGGCGUGGUGUGGCGCGUAG